UUGUCUACCCGUUCACGCUUGCCGGCUUCCUCGGUACCUCCAGAGGACUCAGGGCAUUGAUCUCGGGAGUGUGUACUCUUUGGGGAGGCGCGCUCUGCGCGCUCGGAUUCACAAUGACGAACUUUUGCAGCCCAGAACAGUUCAACGUGACGCGUAUUCCAAUGUACAUGGGUCACAUGCCGAUUGGCACAACCGUGCAAAACCUUCUUCAUUUUCACCAGGUAUACAAAGCCAAGAAUUUCGUUAUGUACGACCAUGGCCCCUUCGGAAAUCUUCGCCGAUAUGGCCAGAGGACUCCGCCACCGUACCCUCUGGAUCGCAUACGUUUGCCGAUAGCCUUGUUCUGGUCCCACGGGGACACCUUGGCUGGAGAGGACGACGUCGGAACAAUGGCUGCGGCUCUUGGUUCCAAUGUCAUACUGAACUACCCUGUUCCUGUCCGGACGUUUCGCCACCUAGACUUUGCCACUGGAUACAGAGCUAACGACAUCUUACAUAACGUUGCCCUCGAACUCAUCCGAAAGCGCAUCGGCCAAAACCCUUAAUAUGAGCGGCCGAGGUGUCUCAGU